UAACAUAAUUUUAUGUUGCAGAUUGGAACAAGAUGAGACUUUCUAUCAACAUCAUCACCCAAAAUAGAGUAACUUCACUAACAAGGCUCCUCAAAUCUCUAAGCAAUGCAUACUAUCUUGGUGAUGAAAUUCCCAUAACCUUCAACAUGGAUAGCAAGGUAGAUGAGGCAACAAUAAAGCUAGUGGGCUCAUUUGAGUGGCCUCAUGGGCCCAAAACUCUAAGAAGGAGGAUCAUCCAAGGUGGGCUCAUUAGGGCAGUUAGUGAGAGUUGGUACCCAUCCAAUGAUGAUGACUUUGGGCUUUUACUUGAAGAUGACAUUGAAGUUUCCCCAUACUACUACCUUUGGAUCAAAUAUGCAUUAUUAGCAUACCACUAUGAUCCACAAGUUUCUCUCCCUGAAUUGUCCUCAAUUUCACUCUACACACCAAGGCUUGUUGAGGUUGUUAAAGAAAGGCCCAAAUGGAAUGCCACUGAAUUCUUCAAAAACAUUCAUCCAAACACACCUUACCUACACCAAUUACCUUGUUCUUGGGGGGCAGUGUUCUUCCCUAAACAUUGGAGAGAAUUCUAUGUUUACAUGAACAUGAGGUUCACUGAGGAUGCUAAAACAAACCCGGUUCAAAUCCCAAGGUCAAGAACAAAUGGGUGGCAAGCAUCAUGGAAAAAAUUCCUAAUUGACAUGAUGUACCUUAGAGGGUAUGUUAGUCUUUACCCUAAUUUCCCUAACCAAGCUAGCUUCUCAACCAAUCACAUGGAGCCAGGUGCACACAUUAGUGCUAAGGACAAUGUUGUCAAACAUAACAAACAAGACUUUGAGGUUCCAUUAAUGAGUCAAGAUUUUAGAGAAUUGCUACCUAGUUUGAAGAUGCCACCAGCUUCAAGAUUACCAUCAUUGAACCUAUUCAAUCAACCUGUUUCUUUAAAGGGUCUUAAAGCUGCUGGUGCUAAGUUGGGUCAAGAUGUUCUAAGGUGUAACAAUGUUUCUGAGGUUGUAGCUGUGGAUCAAGAUACUGGUCUACCACAACGCUGCUCCAAAUUCUGACGGAACACAACAAUAUAAUCUCUCUUCAUUGUUCUCAUUGGUUUAAUUUUUAUUUAUUUUUUUGCAUUGUUUUUGUUAUAUUUUAAAUUAAGUGGGAAAUUUGGUCAGCGAUUUUGCUGUGUCACAAGGUGAUCGUUCCCAUAGUGAAACAAUUGUAAUUAAAUUAUUGGUUAUACAUUUUAAUUAUUAGU